UUCCUGUCUCACUUGAAGGAACAGUAAACAAGGGAGUGUCGCAUUAGUUAAUUAGUUAUCUCUGAAGUGGAAUUUAUUACAUAAUCAUCAGUAUCCCAGUAAGACAUUCUGAGGUAUUCAGGUGAAAAUAAUCUGUGUAAUGGAGAGAUUUUAUCCAAAUUUCUAUUCUUAUACGAAAUCUCACUACGAACCAUUGGUUUCAAGUCUACUAACAAGAUGUGAAUCAGAGCGUGGUGCUAAACUGCAGAGUAACUGUAAUGAUAAUGAUGACAGUGAGGAGAAACAAUAUAGCUGGUGUAUUGAAAGACAAAAUACGAACAUGAAUGAAGUCACUGAGCAACAGAAUUCUCUCACAUCCCCUAAUAUGCCUCGACAACGAAUACAAAGUGUGGAUAGAGCAAAAAUGUCACGUGGUCAACUAGCAAAAUGGACGCCGACAGAUUCGCAAAGAUGGGCUCGUGAAAUUUCAGACCCUCCAGACCGUGAAAAAUCAACUGAAGAUGAAGAUCGGACUGGUUCAGUCUUCACCGGAUCUGUACAGUCAUUUAUAUUGCCGUUUACUAGAAUUAAUGAAUACUUAACACCGGGAAUUAACGCUAAAUAUCAUAACCACUCUAGAACUUUCGAAAGUGGAAUCAACUAUCUGAGCUUAGUUUCCCAUAAUGAUGUUCGAUGUAACAUCAUUCCAAACUGUCAGCAUUUUCCUGAUUUAAUGUCAACAUCUUUAACAAAGACAAACUCACCAAUAAAACAUAAGUCAAGAUCACUACGUAAGCAUUCGCAUGAAAAAACACUGCCAUGUUCAAGUCAGGACGAUAAAACACUCAUGACAUUAGAUUCAAAUAAUGUGUUCAUCAAUCCAAACGAGUCCAAAUUACAGACUGUGACGAAUCAGAAGAGUAUACCGCGUUCUAGAAGAUUACCGUCACCAUGUGUCCGCAUGAAAACACUAGAAAGGGAUACAAAUUAUAAUAUAUCUCUCGGAACAGGUCAAAACGCAAGCUCCUCAAACUAUGAUCUUCGACCAAAGCGAUUAAUAGAAACAGAACGCAUGGUUAGACAAGAAUUAGCGUCUGCAAAACAGAAAUCAGAAACUUCAAAUAGCAACAAUGGCAUAGACAGAGAAGAUCGGAAAUCAGAGAUGCAGAAUUCCACGACACCUCUGAAAAAGUCGAGUUCUAGUGAGAGAAGACAAACAAUUUCUCCAGACUCAAAUACACCUGAGAAUGUUUUAGGAGAAAAAAAUUCGAAUGGUGAUGAUUUAAUCAGAGAUGAUGCAGAUUCGAAGGACACUGUGAUUCGAGAUUUAAAAGAUACUUUGGCAAAAAUGGUGGAUCCAAUUGGGCAAAUUAAACCGUCGGAAAUUAUGAAGAACUCUGAGAUACAAGAGCUUCAAAGCAUUGUAAAUCAUACACGUGAGGAAGAUAGGGACAGCAAGUCUUUAGCCAACUCUCCAAACAGUUUUAAACCACGACCAAGAAGAUCGAUGUCUUGUCGUACACUUCCUGAUGCUUUUUACCGAGAUAAUCAAGAUGCUGUAAGCUUGAGCAGCGUUGCAAGUGGCACAAGUGCCGGCGGUCAAACCAUGCCCACAGAUCCAAAGAAACAUGACAACUGCUCCUAUUCUAUUGGGAAUAACGCUUCAACGUUGGAGACACAGACAGUCUAUACUAAACAUUCCAGAUGGUUGGGCAAAUCCAUAGCCAAAGCGUUUAGAAAACGCACAAGGUCGACUACACAAUCAACCAAUUCAGAGGGUACAAUAAAUGACACUACGAUUACGAAUAUGGAGCCUAACCAAAUCAGUCAGAAAUCGAACGAUGACAAUCAGUUGGAUCGACUUUAUCUGACAAUCAGUCGAUUGCAAUGUAGGAUAGAUCUGCUUGAAGCAAGACACAAAAAACUACAGGAAACCGUAUUGAAAUAUAAUCCUGAUGAUGAACUUCUAUGCAAUGAAUUUCGUUUGGAAGGAACCAACAGAAAAGUGUUUUUAUCAGAUUUGUCGUCUAAAUUUUGCAAAAAUAGUCGUUAUUUUGUGCCAGUCCUUGUGAACACUGAAGAAAUCAUUAUUGAUUCAGAAUCGAAAAAAUCACUGAAAAUAGGAUGCAUUGGAUUAAAGGAUGAUAUGACUUGGAAUGAGCUGGAUGAAGUACUGCAAGAACUACUUCAGUGUUACAUCACUUACCUGGAUCCUAAUGAACGACUGCAACUUAAUUCACUGGAACUAAAGGCGUAUCAGCUAAAUUCAAUUUAUCAAUAUCCGAAUAUAAAGAAAACAGAGAACAUUGUGCGACGUUUCUCACGAAUCCUACCACCACCACUGCCACAACCGUUAUUUACAACAAAUCAGAAUCAUUCCCAACUCCCUGUGACAGCAACACUGGAGACCAGCUGUCACAUAAACAGAGAAAUUUAUUCACAGUUCCCUGUUAUGUGGCUGGAUGAAAUUACUAAAGGCUAUGAUUUGGAGCUAUUCGUCUUGUCUAUAGAAAUAGAUUUACAAGGUCGUACUAUGAAGUCACAAUUGAAAAGAAUGGAUAAAAUGCUACACCAAAAUGUUAUUGAGAAAACUGACAUGUUGAACUAUGGAUGUUUUACAAGUCUAGUACCAUAUAAUACACUGAAGUCUUACUUAUCUGUCAUCGAAGAAAAUAAUUUCAUUGUAAUCUGUGGACUGACUGGAACCGGAAAAACGCAUCUGGUGAACAACCUGGCCAAAAUUUUAUCUUUUGAUUCGUGUUAUUCAAAGGCAAUAUACAACUUCCGGUUUACAAAUAACAAAAGUCCAACUGUAAAGGAAAUCAAAAAGCUACUCAGGAAACAGUUAUCAUCCUUUUCGAAAUGUGGUUUCCCCAAAGUCAUAAACUUAUUUGAUAUGCAUCUUUUCCAAGGAUCCGUCUUGGAUAUUUUAAAUGUUUUGAAUGCCUCACCAAAAGGUCCAAAGAUUAUAGGUACACGUGAAAGUGCGGACAAAGAUUUUGAGAACACUUGCCGCGUCAAUCAGAUAAAGAUUAUGCAUCAUUUGCCUGACAUAAAGAGUACACAAGAAUAUUUAGAAAGAGUAUUAUACAGAAAUCUCGCUCAAAGUCGAAUGUUUUGUUCACAUGGACUUACAAACGGAGAUGUUACUGCCAGUGCAAAUAAGGAUCGGAAGUGUUAUCAGUUGAUUUUCUGGUACCCCAACACAGCUGGAUUCCAUGUCGCUUACUCCUGUGAAGAUAAAAGAAAUAAUGCAAAUAGCAUAUUGUCUACCGCCACAGAAGCUGUUGAAAAUCUUGUUACUUGCAACUUAACAAUAAGCCUUCCCAAUCUUUCUAGUUGGAUUCCUAGCGUAAAACCAUUUAAUACUAAAAGUGAUUCUGACCGAAUUCUGUCUUCUUUUUUAAAAGUCAGGCCAUAUUUAUUUUUGGAUGAUAUGGCAUUGAAUCUGAAGUACUUUUCUGAUGUCGAAAAUGAGUAUGGUGCAUUGAACAUAUCGCUGCCUGAGGUAAAACGAGGAAGUUUAAAGAAGGCGGGAAACGAUUCAGAUUGGCAGCUGAACCUCUACGAAUACAUGCCAUGUGGUUAUCCUAAGAAAGGGCUGAUCGAUAUAGUAGACUCAUCAGAAACAAAGCCUCCAGUUGACAGCUGCCUUCUCUCGGGAAGCUUGUUAUGGCCUGAUAAUUUUGUAGAUACUGGAGCCAAAUACUCAACUUCAAGCGAACUCCAAUCCAGACCGAUUCAUGGCACUACUACAACAAGUACAAGUAACAAUUUCAAAUUUUCUACGGCCUCUAUAUACUCACUAACUCAUGAAACUCCAGUGAUCGCUGAAGGCCUAUCGAGGUACCCCAACACAGCUGGAUUCCAUGUCGCUUACUCCUGUGAAGAUAAAAGAAAUAAUGCAAAUAGCAUAUUGUCUACCGCCACAGAAGCUGUUGAAAAUCUUGUUACUUGCAACUUAACAAUAAGCCUUCCCAAUCUUUCUAGUUGGAUUCCUAGCGUAAAACCAUUUAAUACUAAAAGUGAUUCUGACCGAAUUCUGUCUUCUUUUUUAAAAGUCAGGCCAUAUUUAUUUUUGGAUGAUAUGGCAUUGAAUCUGAAGUACUUUUCUGAUGUCGAAAAUGAGUAUGGUGCAUUGAACAUAUCGCUGCCUGAGGUAAAACGAGGAAGCUUAAAGAAGGCGGGAAACGAUUCAGAUUGGCAGCUGAACCUCUACGAAUACAUGCCAUGUGGUCAUCCUAAGAAAGGGUUGAUCGAUAUAGUAGACUCAUCAGAAACAAAGCCUCCAGUUGACAGCUGCCUUCUCUCGGGAAGCUUGUUAUGGCCUGAUAAUUUUGUAGAUACUGGAGCCAAAUACUCAACUUCAAGCGAACUCCAAUCCAGACCGAUUCAUGGCACUACUACAACAAGUACAAGUAACAAUUUCAAAUUUUCUACGGCCUCUAUAUACUCACUAACUCAUGAAACUCCAGUGAUCGCUGAAGGCCUAUCGAGUGUGGAUACAAGGUCCCAAAGUCGCAUUUUACUCCCCUAUCCAACUCUUUCUAUCAAUGCUAAUGUGGAUUCGUUGAAUGAUAUGGCUGCCCAGUCUUGUACAUCAAGUUAUGGGAUACAGAGAAAAGGAGACUAUAAUUCAAGUCUUCAUCAAAAUCAUCAUAUAAAUGGAAGACAUGUAUUAACGACAUGGGAUUCAAGUGGUAAGUUCCAUGGAAGAUAA